AUGGUUUAUCAUUGUUUACAAGUAUACAUUAAAUUAUCUAUAUCAGUGGUUGCACUCAUCCCCACUAUCCUGGGACAUCUAUUUUAAAAUUCGUUUGUAUUUUUAAUAUAUUAUUAAAAUAAUUUGUCUUUAUUUCAUUGUGUAAGUGUAAUUCUUCUAAAACUGAAUGAUUGUAAAUGUUAUUUUAGGUUUUUAUACUUCUAUGUCUUUAUUGAUGUUAAUUUUUUUUUUUUUUAUGAUUCAGUUAAAAAUAUUUGUAGAGACUUGAAAUUUUAUACUUGUCACUUGUACUUGGAUGUAUUACAUAAUAAUCAUGCAUCUCAAAAUAUCUACAUAAUUUUUUACUUAAACAAUUUUCGUCGUAUUUAAAGUAUAAAAUUCUACAUUAAACUCAGUUUUUUUUACCACGAAGUAGAACUUAUACUUAACUUCCUAUUCAAUUCUCUAGCAUAUUUCUGUUUGAUUUAACAAUUUUAUCCACAGAAUUAAGUUAAUUUAGGUUACCUACCGAACAAAAAAAUAAAAUUGAAAAUAUAAUAAUCAUUGUUUUUGUAAAUUUUCCCGUUCUUCUUACGUUUUUUCCCUUAACCUAACCUAACGAGAACCGGUAUCGGUACAAGAACCAGAGAAAAAAUCAUUUUCGGAACAGGAUAAAAAUAUCGCGUUACUCAUUCCUAGCUGUUGAUUUGUAUACAAUGUAACGAAACUACUGACAAACAAAAAACCAAUACGAAAGUGGAUUUUACUCAAAAACUGCAUUGUAAAUAGUCGCUUCAAAAAAAAAAUUACCGGUAUACGGUAGACACUGCAUAUCAUAUAGUAUACAGUAUACAUAUAAGUUUAUAGGUACUGUUUAUACUUAAUAUUUAUAUUAUAUGUACCACAUACAUUGUAUUAUUGUAAUUUUCUUUUUCUAACCAGGUUUCCCCUGGCGGGAACGACGCAACCCCUUGACGGCAGUGCGCGCGAACAUAAAAAGAAAAUAUAUUAUUUAAUNAGAGCGAUGUUUCUAAAAAAAAAAUAUCACUAGGGAGGUACUUUAAAGAGGUCAUUUUUCUAUUUUCUCAAGAGAUUUCUCAGCCAAUGUGAAAAACCCAGGAAACAAUUGGGAAUAUCUAUUUUAUCAUAAUAUGAUAAACAUAUUGUUGACAAAGCAUCACUAUCAACUGUACUCCGCUCAGAAUUGGUUUUUUUUUUUGAAAUCAGAACAAAACUGAUUUAGAGUUUCAAAAAGAAAACCCGAGCUGUGAAUUUUUCCUUCAUAAUUUCAAAACAAAGUUCAUCCACCUGAUUUUUUUUUUUAUAUUCUUAAUGUAUACGUAAAACCACACAUUUUGAAAAUAAAAACAAGAUAUCGUGUGGGCGGUAAACUAGAUUUAUGCCUCGGUUUAUUUCAAUCCCAAUUAGAUUUAGUUUAAUAUAAUAAUCAUUAAAAAAUCUUGUUUACAGCUUUGGAGUGAAGAGGCUGUCCACUUAGGAUUACCAGAAAAUUUUGUCAACCUCAGAAGGCAAAAACUACGGAAACAAGACAGAAUUCAACCGUUAACAGAAGCGGUACCAUCGCCAGACUCUAUUCCAUUAACAUCAUCAGGUGAAUAUUUAGAAAAAUGGUUGAUAAAUGGAUUCAGUUAAUAGCAUUUUGAUAGGUUUUGUAGGAUGGCGUUCGUCACAUGGUAUUUGCAAUUUGGAAAUGUUCGGUAGAUUUUUCGCCUACAAUAAACUUGACACUCGAAUGUUGAAACCAGACAAUGAGCCGGAUCAAAAACAUCAGAAAUUCAUAAUUUUAGGGUAA